AUGAGACUGACACAAGAUCCCAUUCAGGUUUUGCUGAUCUUUGCAAAAGAAGACAACCAAAGUGAUGGUUUCUGGUGGGCUUGUGACAGAGCUGGAUACAGAUGCAACAUUGCCAGGACUCCAGAGUCAGCACUUGAAUGUUUUCUUGAUAAGCACCAGGAAAUAAUUGUCAUAGAUCACAGGAACUCCAGAUAUUUUGAUGCAGAAGCUGUCUGCAGGUCUAUUCGUGCCACAAAACCAUCAGAGCACACUGUGAUACUUGCUGUGGUUCCACGCAUGUCUGCUGACCAUGAGGAGACUUCUGUUCUUCCCCUUCUUAAUGCAGGCUUUAAUAGGCAAUUCAUGGAGAAUAGCAGCAUAACUGCUUGUUACAAUGAGCUGGUUCAAAUAGAACAUGGGGAAGUGCGAUCUCAGUUCAAAUUACGGGCUUGUAAUGCAGUGUUUAUGGCAUUAGACCGUUGUCAGGAAGCUAUAGAAAUAACCAGUGAAGAUCAUGUGAUUCAGUAUGUUAAUCCAGCCUUUGAACGGAUGAUGGGUUAUCCCAAGGGAGAGCUUAUUGGCAAGGAACUUACUGAACUACCAAAAAGUGAUAAAAAUGGUGCAGAUCUUUUAGACACUAUCAACACAUUUAUUAAAAAAGGAAAGGAAUGGCAAGGAGUUUACUAUGCAAGAAGAAAAUCAGGAGACAGUAUCCAGCAGCAUGUGAAGAUAACACCUGUGAUCGGUCAAGGAGGGAAAGUAAGACACUUUGUGUCUCUCAAAAGGCUGCAUUGUACCCAUGAAAACAACAAACAGAGUCACCAUGAUGAGAAGUACACAGGAGACAAUUCUCAGCCAGAAUCCCAUUCCUUCAAGUACAAGAACAGAAGGAAAGACUCAACUGAUGUUAAGUCAAUAACAUCUCAAAGUAGUGAUGCUCCAAGUUUACAGACCCGAAGGUACUCUUCCAUGGCAAGGAUCCACUCAAUGACAAUAGAAGCCCCUAUCACAAAGGUUAUUAAUAUAAUUAACACUGCCCAGGAAAACAGCCCCAUCACAGUAGCAGAGGCCUUGGACAGAGUUCUGGAAAUCCUGCGAACAACAGAACUUUACUCCCCUCAGCUAGGUACCAAAGACGAAGAUCCUCACACAAGUGAUCUUGUUGGAGGUCUGAUGACUGACGGUUUGAGAGGACUGUCAGGAAAUGAGUAUGUGUUUUCUAAGAAUAUGAACCUGAGCCACAGCCACCUUUCAGUGCCAAACACCAUAAACGAUGUGCCGCCGUGUAUCACACAGCUCCUGGAUAACGAGGAAAGCUGGGACUUCAACAUUUUUGAGCUGGAGGCUGUUACAAAUAAAAGGCCGUUAGUGUAUUUGGGCUUAAAAGUCUUUGCCCGGUUUGGGGUGUCUGAGUUUUUAAGCUGUUCGGAAGCAACGCUGCGAGCGUGGCUGCAGGUGAUUGAAGCCAACUACCACUCCUCCAACUCAUACCACAACUCCACACACGCGGCAGAUGUCCUGCAUGCUACUGCCUUCUUUCUUGGGAAGGAGAGAGUUAAGGGAAGCCUUGACCAUUUAGAUGAGGUGGCUGCAUUAAUAGCUGCCACCAUUCAUGACGUAGACCACCCUGGACGGACCAACUCCUUCCUGUGCAAUGCAGGCAGCGAAUUAGCUGUCCUUUACAAUGACACAGCUGUAUUAGAGAGUCACCAUGCUGCCCUGGCAUUUCAGCUUACAACUAAAGACAGCAAAUGCAACAUUUUCAAGAAUAUUGACAGAAAUCACUACCGGACACUGCGCCAGGCCAUUAUUGAUAUGGUUUUGGCAACGGAGAUGACGAAGCACUUUGAGCAUGUGAACAAAUUUGUAAACAGCAUCAACAAGCCAAUGGCAUCUGAGGAGACUAGCUCACACAGCGAAGGCAGCGACUGUGAAUGUACAGCAAAUAUCAAGAAUUUUCCAGAUGACCAGACACUGAUCAAGCGCAUGAUGAUCAAAUGUGCAGAUGUAGCAAAUCCAUGCCGCCCCCUCGAGCUUUGUAUCGAAUGGGCAGGGAGGAUUUCAGAGGAGUAUUUUGCACAGACUGAUGAAGAGAAGAGACAGGGUCUGCCUGUUGUAAUGCCAGUAUUUGAUAGAAACACCUGCAGCAUCCCCAAGUCUCAAAUUUCCUUCAUUGAUUAUUUUAUAACAGAUAUGUUUGAUGCAUGGGAUGCAUUUGCACAUCUGCCUGUUUUGAUGCAACACUUGGCUAAUAACUACAAACACUGGAAAAUACUGGAUGAGUUAAAGUGCAAGAGUCUCAGGCUCCCAUCAGAAAACAACAACUGACACUAAGGCAAGAAAAACAGACCUCUUGAUCUACCAGUUUCACUGUGAAUC